GCACAUUCCAUUGAAGCUUCUGGUGUACUUCUUCUAAUUUAUUGCUCGGAAGAACUGAAAAAAUGCCCAGUGACCCAAUUAAUUCCCAAUAGAACAACAUUUGUGCUAUUGUAAAAUUUAGUGGGUGAAAGUUACUUAAAAGUCUCGUAAAUAAGAUGAUUUUUUUCCGAGUUGGAGUGAGAAAUUUUCAUUAGAGCGUGGGCUUUCACCAGGCGCCUCCAUGGCAUUUUGGCGGGAAAGCUGAAAGAGCCGCAAGAGGUCGCCCAGCUGCAAAUUUGCAAAUCCAAUGUCAAAGUCGUCCAGUGUUUUGUUGGUAGUGUGAAUUUUCCUAGCAAUUUUUACCUCAAUUUUUCCCAAUAAAUCUAGUGCUAUUGGCUUCUGUUUGAUCCAGAAUGUUUUCAAAUUGUGCUAGAAGAAUCAAUUCAGGAUGUCUCCUCAAGAUUUUGAAAUUCAACUCUCCGGCCAUUCCCAAGGCCUCCCUGUCCACUGAGGCAUCCUUUGAGGUCAAAGAGUUCAAAUUACACAAUCUCGAAGAAGGCCCAAAGACCACGGUUACCGUCACGAAAGACGAUGCCAUCGAUUAUUACACCAAAAUGUACACCCUCCGUCGUCUCGAGACCCUGGCCGGGAACUUCUACAAGGAGAAGAUCAUCCGUGGCUUUUGCCAUUUGUAUUCCGGCCAGGAAGCCUGUGCUGUGGGCAUGCAUGCAGCCAUGCGUCCGGAAGACUCAGUUAUCACUGCCUAUCGCUGUCACGGCUGGACUCACGUGAUGGGAGUCAGUGUUCUGGGCGUCCUAGCAGAGCUUACGGGUCGGGAGAGUGGUUGUUCGAGGGGCAAGGGGGGAUCUAUGCAUAUGUACGCUAGAAAUUUCUACGGAGGCAAUGGAAUUGUAGGGGCUCAGGUUCCCCUGGGAGCAGGAAUUGCUCUGGCCAGUCACUAUCGACAUGGCAAGGGUACCUGCUUUGCUCUCUAUGGGGAUGGUGCAGCUAACCAGGGCCAGGUGUUUGAGGUGUACAACAUGUCGAAGCUCUGGAAAGUUCCUGUGAUUUAUGUCUGCGAAAAUAAUGGCUACGGAAUGGGUACGAGUGUUGAGAGAGCUUCGGCGAAUACAAAUUACUAUACGCGGGGUGAUUUUGUGCCGGGAAUCUGGGUGGAUGGGAUGGAUGUGUUGGCCGUGAGGGAGGCUUCACGUUUUGCCAUUGAACACUGUGAGUCAGGAAAAGGACCUAUUGUCCUCGAGACGGCCACAUAUCGUUACUCGGGGCACUCUAUGUCGGAUCCGGGUACGAGUUAUCGUUCACGAGAUGAAAUCCAGGAGGUGCGUCAGACACGAGAUCCCAUAACGUCAUUUAGAGAGAAAAUUCUCAAUGCUGAACUAAUUGAUUUGGAUGAGUUGAAGGGGAUUGAGGCUAAGAUUCGGAGUAAUGUCGAUGAGGCGGGUAAGAAGGCAAAAGCUGACAAGGAAAUCUCACUGGAGGAACUAACAACAGACAUUUAUGCCAAUCCGGAACAUUUGCAAAGUGUCCGAAAUGUAACACCAUUUGCCCCGCUUCAGCACAAACGUCUCGGGACUCCGGUUAAUUUAUAAUGAGACGAAUGGGAGAAGGAUAAAUUCGCACUGUCACCAUUAAGGUAAAUGCAUUAACAUCUCUCUUCCUCUUCCAAUGUUAAUAUCUCUCCUCCUUAAGACAUUUGCUCAUCCCUCUACAAUAAAACCCUUCUACAUACUCAGUCAUUUGUCUCAAUCUUUUUUUUCUGUUUUCUUAUAAAGAAAUUUACACAGGAAUCUUUACUUUGACAUUAAUCCACUAUACACCAAAAAAAAACUUUUCGACUUUUUUUUGCAUUUUCUUAUUGCAUUUCAGAAAACUUUUCUUUCCUGAAACAUUCUUUUUUUCACUUUUUUCAUUGACUAACAGGAUAAAUAGCCAAAAGAUUAAAAAAUCCUUUUAGGUGACCUUUUUGAUAUUUUUUUUCCUUACUUUCCUAUGGUCUUACGAACGAUAAACUCAAAAGUUUAUAGAAUAAUUUUCGCAAUGUACUUGUAAAUAGAUACACGAAACAGAAAUAAUAUGACGAAAAGAAAAUGAAUAAAAAAAAGGGAAGAA